CUUAUAAAAUCACCCAACAAACACUCACCCCUCACUCUCAUUCCACACUAUGGCUUCUUUUGGAAACCAAUUAUCUUUCUUUUUGCUCUUUCUGCUUCUCAUCUCACCCCAAAUUCAAGCCAGAAAAGGCAAGGUUUUCAGCUUGUUCUCCCAUUUCAGAACCAUCUAUAAUGUCAAAGACCCUCUCCAAAAAACUAAACUUGAAUCUCCAGCGUUAGCUCCAGGACCAGUAACAUUUGAACCAGCAUCAGCACCAGCACCAGUAACAUUUGAACCAGUAUCAGCACCAGCACUCGAACCAGCAUCAGCACCAGCACCUUCGGUUGAACAAGCAAUUGGGUCAACAAUACCAUCAGGGCCAGCACCAGAGCCUGAAUUUUCAGAAAGUGGAGAGGGGUAUGGUCUCUAUGGUAGGGGCUCUUAUAACCAAUACUCUCCCACCAAGGACACUCCUACCACCACAAACUUUGAGCUUCUCAAUGAAGACUUCAAUGACGAGAGCUACAAAAAAGGCUACCCCAAAACCAACUUCUACAGCAGCAGCAGCGACAAUAACAAUGAAGAGUUCAGACACAAUGUGAACAACAAUGAAGAGUUCAGAAACAAUGCCAACAACAAUCAAGAGUUCAGACACAAUGUCAACUACAACGAAGAGUUCAGAAACAAUGCCAACAACAAUGAAGAGUUCGGGAACAAUGACAGCAAGUAUGAAAACUUCAGAAACAAUGUGAACAACCAUGAAGAGUUUAGCGUCGAUGACAACAAUGAUGAAGAGUUUAGCAUCGAUGACAACAAUAACGAAGAGUACAGGAACACAUACACUGGUGGCUACGCCAGCAACUUCAACAAUGACGAGAGAAAUUACCAGAACAACAACUAUAACGGCAAUGGCUAUAAGGGGAAGAGAGAAGGAAUGAGUGACACUAGGUUCGUGGAGAAUGGUAGGUACUCUUAUAAUGUGAACAGUGUUAAUGAGAAUUAUAACCUUAAUGGGUACGAAUCAGAGAGAGGAAAUUCUGCUGUAAAUGAAGGUUAUCGUGAGAAAAGUGAGUAUCCGAAUGAGUUUGACACCAUGGAAGAGUACGAGAAGCAGCAGCGAGAACAAGGUUACACGCCUUGAGUGUUUUUAGCUUUUGUAUUUUUGUGUGGUGAAAGAGUGAGAGUGGGAGAAACUCAAGGCUUACACAUUGAAAGGAAAAUACUAAGUUAUGAGAUAAUUUUUACGAUUUAAUUUCUCCUUUCAUCCUUGAUCUUGCACAGUUUCAUGUUCUGCAGAUCAAAGUGAUGGAAAGUAUGCAGUGUUAUCAUUUGUGCAGUGUGAGGUUUUACUUUUUCUUUUAAGUACUUUACCAAUUGGAAACUAUAUAGCUUUCUGUCUUCAUGUAACAAUUUCAAGGCACAAAACUUAAUGCCUUAUUAUAUUAUAUGACAAAACAUUAUUUGAUA